AGGAAAAAAAAAAAAAAAACUCUGUCCAUCUCUCUCCCGGCUUUGAAGAGAGAGAACGCAGAUACACAUACACACACUCCACUUGAAGUGAAGCUAAAAGGGAAAGUUUACAUCUUUUUGAGUUUUCUGGCUAAAAGGGUAGCGGUGAAAAAAUGUUUUGAACUUCUUCCUAUGUUGUUUUACUCCUUUUCUUUCUUUCUCCCCCUUUUUGGAGCCUGCUAAUGAGAGAGGAGGAGAGAUCAGCGCCUGGUUGCUUUUGGGAUGUGAUUGUAAGGAGCUAAUUUAGGAGAUAAUGGUUGGGUUACUCUGGAUAUCUUAGAAAGUUAGGGUUUUUGUUGAGUUUUCUUCUUCUUCUUCUGUUUCUCUGGUUGGGUGAUGAUGAGCUGGGUUUUAGUGUGCUGUUGUUUGGAUCUGAGGAGAUUGAGAGGUUAAAGUUUCGAGGUGUGUGUGUGUUUUUGUGGAGUGGUGAUGGAGAGAAAGUUUGAGGCAUUAAUUUUUGUGUGGCUGAUCUUUCUGCUGCAUCCGUUAUGGCUGGCUUUGGGUAAUAUGGAAGGUGAUGCUUUGCACAGCCUGAGAAGCAACUUGAUUGAUCCUAACAAUGUUCUGCAGAGUUGGGAUCCUACCCUUGUCAAUCCUUGCACAUGGUUUCAUGUCACCUGCAACAAUGAUAAUAGUGUUAUAAGAGUUGAUCUUGGAAAUGCUGCUUUGUCUGGUCAGCUUGUUCCACAACUUGGUCUUCUUAAAAACUUGCAAUACUUGGAGCUCUACAGUAAUAAUAUAAGUGGACCAAUUCCUGGUGAUCUUGGUAACUUGACUAGCUUGGUGAGCUUGGACCUUUACUUGAAUAGUUUUAGUGGUCCCAUCCCAGCAAGUUUGGGCAAGCUGUCUAAACUGCGAUUUCUCCGGCUUAACAACAACAGCUUGUCGGGUCCCAUUCCCAUGCCAUUGACUAAUAUUUCAUCACUUCAAGUGUUGGAUCUAUCGAAUAAUCGUCUUUCUGGCGUUGUUCCGGAUAAUGGUUCCUUCUCAAUGUUCACACCUAUCAGUUUUGCUAAUAACUUGGAUUUGUGUGGGCCAGUUACCGGGCAUCCAUGCCCAGGUUCACCUCCAUUUUCACCUCCUCCUCCAUUUGUUCCACCGACCCCAAUUUCCUCACCAGGUGGGAAUGGUGCAACAGGAGCGAUUGCUGGAGGAGUAGCUGCUGGUGCAGCAUUACUAUUUGCUGCCCCUGCACUUGCAUUUGCUUGUUGGCGUCGUAGGAAACCUCAAGAGUUCUUCUUUGAUGUGCCAGCUGAAGAGGAUCCUGAAGUUCAUCUGGGACAGCUUAAAAGGUUUUCACUGCGAGAGUUACAAGUUGCAACAGAUAGCUUCAGCAACAAAAACAUUCUCGGUAGGGGAGGAUUUGGUAAGGUUUACAAAGGACGUUUAGCAGAUGGUUCAUUGGUAGCUGUCAAGAGACUGAAAGAAGAGCGUACACCUGGAGGCGAGUUGCAGUUUCAAACAGAAGUAGAGAUGAUAAGCAUGGCUGUGCAUCGAAAUCUCCUUAGAUUACGCGGGUUUUGCAUGACACCAACCGAACGACUGCUUGUUUAUCCCUACAUGGCAAAUGGAAGUGUUGCAUCAUGUUUAAGAGAACGCCCACCAUCUCAACCUCCUCUUGAUUGGCCAACACGAAAGCGAAUUGCAUUAGGAUCUGCUAGGGGUCUAUCUUAUUUGCAUGAUCAUUGUGACCCAAAGAUCAUUCAUCGUGAUGUUAAAGCUGCAAAUAUUUUAUUGGAUGAGGAUUUUGAAGCUGUUGUUGGGGAUUUCGGGUUGGCUAAGUUGAUGGACUACAAGGAUACUCACGUAACUACUGCUGUCCGUGGUACAAUAGGGCAUAUAGCUCCAGAGUACCUCUCUACUGGAAAAUCAUCUGAAAAGACUGAUGUUUUUGGGUACGGGAUCAUGCUUCUCGAGCUAAUUACUGGACAGAGAGCUUUUGACCUUGCUCGGCUGGCAAAUGAUGACGAUGUCAUGUUGCUUGAUUGGGUGAAAGGACUCCUUAAAGAGAAAAAGUUAGAAAUGCUGGUCGAUCCAGAUCUCCAAAACAAAUACGUAGAAGCUGAGGUCGAGCAAUUAAUCCAGGUAGCCCUUCUCUGUACGCAAGGCUCCCCAAUGGAGCGGCCUAAAAUGUCAGAAGUGGUUAGAAUGCUCGAAGGAGACGGCUUGGCAGAGAGAUGGGAUGAGUGGCAAAAGGUUGAAGUUCUCCGGCAAGAGGUGGAGUUAGCCCCUCAUCCUAAUUCAGACUGGAUUGUAGACUCAACAGAAAAUCUACAUGCAGUAGAGUUAUCUGGUCCAAGGUGACCAUGCCACAGCUACUUAUUUUUUAAAUUCUCUCUUCUUUUUUUGCUUUUUUUUUUUUCGGUCGCCUUCUUUAUUUGAUGAACAUAUCAAUCUUAAGUCUCCUGUAAGUUCAUUUCUGCAUUGUAUUCAUUACAUUUGUGCAUACGAGUCAGAUUUGUUGGAAGAAAAUUUGUCUAUCUUCUUCUGCCACGGGAAGGAUGAGUCUGAAUUUUUGCAUGGAUGUGGCUGGGGCGGUUUUAAUCUUUUGCUUACUGCUAGUUCAUCCACGCACUUCAAUUUAUAUAGAAAUGCUGUUAUUACAA